AAAAAAAAAAGGGAGUUGUUAAGGCUGGAUGAACUUCUACAGGAGGCUAAGAGGUGGAAGGGUGAAGGACUUAGCUCGAGCCUCAAAAGAGAAGGAAGCCACGAGAGGAGACAGGGAAACCUGAGCUAUGUGGAUAACAGUGGAGAGCCAAAUGGUGCAGGUCGCUACGAUGCAGAGGAUGGCAGCCAAGAGGAAGGGAAAUUGUUAACACGCUCAGGAGGAGCAGCAGCAGGAGCAGCAGCAGCAGCAGGAGGAGUACAUUGCGAUAGAAGCGAACUCACCAAGGGUGAAGAAUCUCCCACCGGACGCGAGACACAGAGGAGACAGAAAGAAGGUUACACCCAUCUCGACUCGGCAAGCGAAAGAGGAAAUAAAACAAAUAAUAACGUAGAAAACGAACUAAGAAAUGGAGGCGAUGAUAAAGAAAGGAUACAGCUAUGUGAAGAAGUUCUGACUCACCUAAAAAGCACCUUUUAUGACCAAAUACUAAACAUAGAAAAUAAUUUUAAAAAUUUAAGCAACAAAAUUGAAGAGAGUAAUUCUUUCUAUUUCCAAUGUAUCGUGGAUAAGUUACAAAAUGGGAAAUAUGAGAAUGUUUUUUUUAUUUAUAAUGACAUAUAUCUGUAUGUUAACAAUUUAUUGUUCCUUUCCAAGCCGUCUAGUUUCAUUUGGAUGAAACUGCACGAGUUGUCGAUUCAAAUUACUGGCUGCAUUUCCGAGGUUCAACAGAGGAAGGAGAAAAAGAAGAGCUCCUGUUCCCAGGGCGCGCAGGGCACGUUACAAGAACACGCCCAUAAGGACGGUGUCGAGAAGGAGAAGGGCCCCCUCCUUCCCCCUGGGGACACCAUUGAGCAGUCCAUUAACGAGGAGGAGAAGCUGGCCUUCCAGCUACUCCUGGGCAAGUUGCACCAAGACAUACAUUUCGAGCUGUUCCGGAAAUUCAAAAACAAAGCCGUGUGGAAAACCCUCGAGGGCGGCGAGAUCGAGCUGGACGACAAGCUCACCAAGGCUGAUGUGUUCAGAGAAAUGUACAACUGGUGCAAAGUGCAGCUGGAGUUGAAAAGCAAGCGUAGUGAUGUGUCAGAAUCAGAGAGCGACUCUUCGAAGGACUCAUAUUAG